GAGGAGGAGGAGGAGGAGGAGUGAAGCUGCCGGGAGAAACACAGCGCCAUUUUCAGCCAGUGCACCUCGAGACAGAUGCGUCUGCGCUGAGAUCCGAGCGGUUUCGCGAGCGACUGUGUGAUUGUGAGUCUUGUUUCUGCGCCACUCUGUGAUCUGAGCUCGUGCUGGAGGACUCGGACUGACAGGGCAGGAACUUCCCCCGUCGAGCUCCGGAAGACUGGACACACACUCACCAUUUCAGCCCCAAACCCUCACAGCCAGGCUGCGGAGCGUUAUACAGGCUUGAGGCUCGUGGUGGGACCGGGAGGAACCGGCCCUGUUACGGUUGUGUGUGAUCUGGAUGUUCCGCUGAACGGAUGCGUGAGGACAUGUCGAGCGUGGUGUGUGUGAAGGAGACGGAUGAGCAGGGGGACCUCGGAGAGAAGCUGUCCCAAGAUGAGCUGCUAUGUCGGACACGGGAGGUCAUGCAGGGGCUGGAGGCGCUCCGUGCAGAACAUCAAGCCAUCCUGGAGGGGCUGAUGGGGACCUUGCGAUGCCUCAAACAGAGCCAGGAGGGUCGUGCUGUUGAUGAGAAGACAGCCAUGAUCCAGCGCUCUAUGGAGAUGCUGGAGCUGGGCCUUAGUGAAGCACAGGUGAUGAUGGCUCUGUCAGGGCAUCUGAGUGCAGUGGAGGCAGAGAAACAGAAGCUUCGAGCACAGGUGCGGAGGCUGUGUCAGGAGAACCAGUGGCUGAGAGACGAGCUGGCAGGAACCCAGCAGCGGCUGCAGAAGAGUGAGCAGAGCGUGGCCCAGCUGGAGGAGGAGAAGAAACAUCUGGAGUUCAUGAACCAGCUCAAGAAAUAUGACCAGGACCUCAGUCCAUCAGAUGAUAAGGACUCUGAUUCCAGUCGGGAGACACUGGAUGAUCUUUUCCCAGAUGAGCAGGAUGAGCCGGGCCCUGGCAUCCAGCCUCCUCACAGCAGUGCAGCCGCAGCAGCGCAGCAGGGCGGUUACGAGAUCCCCGCUCGUCUCAGGACCCUCCACAAUCUGGUGAUCCAGUACGCCUCGCAGGGCCGGUAUGAGGUGGCCGUUCCUCUCUGCAAACAGGCUCUGGAAGAUCUGGAGAAAACAUCUGGACACGAUCAUCCUGAUGUAGCCACAAUGCUCAACAUUCUCGCCCUCGUCUACAGAGAUCAGAAUAAAUACAAAGAGGCAGCAAACCUCCUUAAUGAUGCACUGGCCAUCAGAGAGAAGACCCUGGGCAGAGACCACCCUGCGGUGGCUGCCACAUUGAACAACCUGGCCGUUCUUUAUGGCAAACGAGGGAAGUACAAGGAAGCAGAGCCUCUGUGUAAAAGGGCACUGGAGAUCAGAGAGCAGGUGCUGGGAAAGGACCACCCUGAUGUUGCCAAGCAGCUGAAUAAUCUGGCCUUGCUGUGUCAGAACCAGGGCAAGUAUGAAGAGGUGGAGUACUACUACCAGAGGGCCCUGGAGAUCUACCAGACCAAACUGGGCCCCGACGACCCCAAUGUGGCCAAGACCAAAAACAACCUGGCUUCAUGCUAUCUGAAGCAGGGGAAGUUUAAGCAGGCGGAGACUCUGUAUAAAGAGAUCCUCACCAGAGCCCAUGAGAGAGAGUUUGGCUCUGUAGACGAUGAAAAUAAACCCAUCUGGAUGCAUGCAGAGGAGAGAGAAGAACAGAGCAAGGGCAAGCAGAAGGAUGGUUCUCCGUUUGGAGAGUAUGGUGGCUGGCACAAGGCCUGUAAAGUAGACAGCCCGACUGUCACGACCACACUGAAGAAUCUCGGAGCUCUCUACAGGAGACAGGGCAAGUUUGAGGCUGCAGAGACUCUGGAGGAGGCGGCUCUGCGCUCUAGAAAACAGGGUCUGGACACGGCACAUAAGCAGCGUGUAGCAGAGGUGCUGGGAGACCCUGAAGUAAGAGAGAAGCAGAGGAGUCGUGAGAGCCUGAACUCUGACACGGUGAAGUACGAAAGCGGCCCUGACGGAGGAGAGGAAGUGAGUAUGAGCGUGGAGUGGAACGGGGACGGCUCGGGCUCGCUGAAGCGCAGCGGUUCCUUUAGUAAACUGCGGGCUUCUAUCCGGCGCAGCAGUGAGAAACUGGUCCGCAAACUCAAAGGAGGCGGCUUACGAGAAAACGAACCCAAAAAUCCGGGCAUGAAGAGGGCCAGCUCUCUUGGAGUUCUCAACGAGCCGGAUAAACCUGUGGAUGAACUCAACGAACGAAAUAAUCGUCUAAGGAAGUCACGGGACCUGAGUUCCAGUCACACUGACCUGGCACACUGAAGGUCUGCUGUUGGACGUCCCGAUGAAGAGAGGUACUAAGAGGUCUCUUCAUUGGGCUGACAUGAACUGACAGGACUACCUUCUCCGGAAGGGGACUUUUGCUCUGGUGUCUCUGUAUAUGUAUUUAAUUUCUGGUAAGUUAGCUGUAGAAAUGACAACUGAUGUAAAAACUCAACCAGAACCAAAGUGCACAUUUGACAUUUUUAUGUUCUGCAAAGAUGAAAAUUAGUUGAAAACAGAAAAUAGAUAAUGCUAUUCAGGCUCAGGUUGAGACUAGACACUCUAAUGGCAUUUUUGCUGCUUUCAUGUGGUUUAUUUUCCUUUGUUUUAUUUUGAGAUGUACUUUGACACUAUUUUAAAACCAACAACUGUAGGACUGUUUUUAUUAAUUAAGGCUUAUAGUGACAGAGGUGUGCAUAUUUGAGUGUUUAUAGACGAAAUUGUCUUUAUUUUAUUUUUUUACCAUUUUCCCUCUUUGUGACUUAAUAUUCUGCUAUUGACAACUUUAAUGUUGUUUAUACCUUGAGUUACACUAGAGGACCAUGAUGCUAAAGUACUGAUUCAAUCAAACCUAUUCCCUUAAUAAAGAGAGAACUGCACCGUGUUUAUGAAGUUCUGUUUACAUGAGUUAUGGUUUAAUGAUGCACACUUUUUUUAUUGCUUUUGAGAAGUGUGGGGGGGGGGGUCUGGUUUGUAACGUAAGAAAUAUGAAAAUCCCUCUCUCAUGGUAAAAAGAAAAUAAUUUAAAGUGGUUUACGCUGCCACAGAGAUCUAUACGUUCAGAAUGUGGAUUAAAUCUCAGGACUGAAAGAACAUAUUGAUUAUAUCAGUCCUUUGCAUGUUUACCUCAGUUUUUAUUGGUUACGUUUGGUUUAUAGAUGCUUUCGGUUGAUGGACUGGUUUCACCUCUCACACCAGCUCCAGCACUAAAAUAUUUGCUAAAGAGGUCUAUAAACUUAAUAUUACACAUUUUCAUGAACAGUAACAACAGCAAGCCUUUUUCUCUCACUGUUAUUUAUGAGGUAAAGCAAUGCUGUUAUCUUACAUGGAGUUAUAAGUACAGCUACUCCAGAUUAAAAUGCACUGGAACAUGAAUUCUGCCCCCAGAUGUUUAACUACAGUACCUGUUUGAAAGCAGUGUGCCUUGUGAGUGCCUCAGGCAGGUUCUUACUAAUGAACGUGGAAGUUAUUGAUUUUGAGUGUGACAGCAGAAGAGUUUAAGCUCUGUAAGGUCAAAUGUCGGUCAUGAUUUUACAAAGUAAUUAUUCAUUUUAAAUACUGUGGUCAAAUAAAUGCCCAAAAUACUGUAUAUCAGUGUAUCAUGUCAUGGAUUUAUGCUAAUAUAGUGCACUGCUCAACUGACCUUCUUGACGUUGUUUCUUCUUUCUUUGUUCUCCAUAUCCAUGUAACACUUUCUAUGGUUGGUAAUAUAUGACUGCCUCGUGCAGUAAUUCAUUCAUCUUGUGUGUAUACGUGUGUUUUCUCUGUAAAACGCAUGUUAAUGCUCUGCAUUGUGACGAUGUGCAAUAGGGUAGCUGCUGUGUGUUGCUGGUUUUGAUCUCACAUGCAAUGUUUUACUGACAAAAGCUGGAAUAUCUGCUUGGCUUGUGUUUCGGUUAUCUUUGUACUCUAAACGAAUAAAUAUAUCAUUAACACUUUUAUUCAUAGAGUAUCCAGAUAUUUUAUGUCACUAAUUUCUGCUUUGUUACACAUUUGUGGGACUAAAUGUGAAUGUCACAUGUUCGAAUUUUAUUUUCAGAUGGUUUAUAUUCUGCCUUUUUUUGACUGUUGAUCAGUUUGUGUUAUAUUUAGUCAUUGCUGUUGUGAUUUUUUUUUAAACAGGGUUACGGAUGUGGCACUCGCAAAAUAUACUCUCAAAGGUUCCAAUUAAAGUGUGGCCUGUAUGAUAUAACCCGGACAUACUGUUUGUCUGUUGAUGUUGCAUUCCUACUGUCUGUCUCCGUCUUCUACCAUUUGUUUUCAUAAUGUUUUGUAUUAUGUUGUAUGUGUGUAUAUUUGUGUGUAUUCUGAACUUCGCACUGGACUCAUGUAUAUUCCACGUUCUCAGGCUGUCGCUGUGCUGGCUACACUUCAUUUACUGCCAUGUUUGUUUUGAUGUGUGUUGCUCUGAAUAUCAUUUGGUAAACUUGAAUAAAGACAACAGAAGUACUCUA